AUGCCGCGCCGUGUGAGUGCAGGCACGGCGGCGUCCGGCCUCAUGCAACGGCCGCCUCGUGAGGCCGGACGCGGCCGACAAAUGCAGCCACCGCCAGAGAAACUGCAGGAGCGCCAAGUAGGAGGCUUGCCGCCACCGCGCUUUGACGCUUACGUUGUUUUGGACUUUGAGGCGACGUGUGAGCGGGGCCGACGCCUCCUGGAGCCGGAGAUCAUUGAGUUCCCCAUGGUCUUGAUUGACGCCCACAGCCAUCGCGUCCAGGCAGAGUUUCAGCGCCACGUGAGGCCUCUGGUCAACUCGGCCUUGUCGGAGUUUUGCACCGAACUCACCGGCAUCACUCAGUCGGUGGUCGACAGGGCAGAGACGUUCCCGUGCGUGUGGGACGCCGCGCUUGAAUUCCUGCGCGGUGGCGGGUGCGGUGAGGCGCCGCCGCUGCGCAGUUACCUCUUCGUGACGUGCGGCGACUGGGACCUGAAGACGAUGCUGCCGAGCCAGUUGCUGACGGCGGCAAAGACGGGCGCCGCACUUGUGGCCCCGCCCUCCUUUCGGCGGUGGUGCAACCUGAAGGAGUUCAUGCGUGGCACCGGCCUCACGACGGCGCGCGGUAUACGGGACAUGCCAGACAUGUUGGCUGCAGUAGGCCUUCCGCUACUCGGCCGACACCACAGCGGGAUCGACGAUUGCAGGAACAUUGCGUCUGUUCUGCGGGAACUUCUGGGGCGGGGGUACGUCAUUGCAGCGACCACCGACCGCAGUGGGCUCCCGCGGUGGGUGAGUUCUCUGCCGGACGCACGCGGACCGGCCGAUUCCUGUCUGCAUGAAGAAGUAGUUCCUCCAACUUCGGUGUGUGGAGGAGUGUGUGCCACAAACUUGCACGCUGGCCAGAAGCGUGGUCUCCGCACGACGCAGGAGGCGGUGGACGCGGCCGGGCGGCCUAAUGUAAGUAUCCUUUCCGAAGAGGACCCGUUGCCGUCGCUGCUGAAAGGCAACGUCGUGUUGGACAAGGCGAAGAAGGUCGCGUACUCGAAGGCGCUCACGCGGAAUUCUCCGUCACGCGGCCGACAGUAUGCACAUCCCGGUCUCAAGCGGGGGGUACGUGCGCGUGGAGGACAUACUCCGCUGCAAGCCUUUCUGCAGCGACCCCGCGGCCUUGCCGCACAUAGCCCUGGUGGUGCACACGAACGAUAA